AAUAAGUAGUGACGCGGAGUUUUAUCGUCCCUUGUUUGCCAUGGAAACGACGAAAAGAACGAGCAACGGCGGUCAUUGCGGCACCGACGCCGACGGGAAGAUCCGCAUUUCGAAGCCGUUGGCAGUUGGACUGGCGGCGCUUUUCGUAGGCGCCACCGUCGCCGUCGGGCUACUCGUUUACAACUUUGCCGACCCCGUUGGCGGCGACAAUGACGACUCUGUCCUCGCCACCACAAUGUCGCCAUCUACCGCUUCGCCCCCGCAGCUGCUCAAGGACGUUCGUCUCCCCACCCACCUCAAGCCCCUGAUGUACGACGUCCGUCUUCUGCCAUUCGUGGAAGAAGCCGAGAAUUGGCGCAUCGACGGCUACGUCAAGGUCUACAUGAGCUGCACCUCACCUGGUCGCAAUGUGACACUGCACUUGCUCGAAAUCGUCGUCGACGAGUCCUCCAUCAUUGUCGAGAACGUCGACUCUGGGGCUCGGGUCACAGUGACGGACAUUGGGUACGACAAGGCCAGGCAGUUCAUGACUGUGAACCUGGGCGAGGACUUGCGACCCGGGAUGCAAUAUUCGCUGGAGAUUGGCAAGUUUGACGCUGUGCUGAAUGACCAGUUGGCCGGGUUUUAUAGGAGCAAGUAUGAACACCAGGGAAGCAUCAGUGCCACGAACAUCCUGUCACCGCAGCAUCCUGGACAAUAA